AUGGAUGUGUCACAUCAUUAUGAUGCCGAUGUCGCCUCUGCGGUAUUUCGCAACCUGCAAGACCAGCACCAAUGGGCCUCGUUGGAAAUCCAGGGUCUCCCAGGGCUGCCACGACCAAUGAUCAAAGGCCUUCCACCACGCCUGCUAUAUCUCCACCCAGACGACCAGAUAGCAGCCCUUGCAUAUGAAAAGUCAACAGGCACAAGGGCGCAACACGACGCUGAGAUUGAAUGGGUGUUGCCCGUCCAUCUCGCCGAGAAAUGGACGCUCUCCAACUUUGCCGCCGUCAUGGACGCUCUUCCAGAUGCUCGCAAGGGGGCCAAGCGGAUUGUGCUGGCUGCCUUGCAUAAUGACUCUACUGUGGUCUAUUACAUUGUACAAGAGGGAAUGAUCAAGCCUCGUCAAAACUAG